AAAGCGGAAGUGAUCGCUUCUUGACUGUGUUGCAGCUGUGAAGAGCCAGAAAAGGAUGUAGAAACUGAAAGAUAACGCUCCUUUUUCAGCCUUUUUAAAAAUACAAACCGACUUUUAUGAGUAUAUUCAGUCAGACCGAGCCGACAUUAUGAUUUUAGCGCCAUAUUUGUCGCUUUUCUUGAUAAUGGCGUCGGUCGGAGCAGCUGAGGCUGCAGGGGACGAUGACUGGGUUCAUCUUGCUAACAAAUGUGAAGUGUGUAAGUUUGUCAGCAUCGAGAUGAAGUCGGCGUUCGAUGAGACCGGAAAGACCAAAGAGGUCAUCGACAGGAACUACCGCUUCAUCGACGGCAAGGGGGCGCCGCCGAUCAAAUAUGUCAAGUCAGACCUCCGAUUUAUCGAGGUUGUAGAAAAUGUGUGUCAGAGGCUGUUGGAGUACAAUCUGCACAAGGAGAGAAGUGGGAGUAACCGCUUUGCCAAGGGCAUGCCGGAGACCUUCUCCACCCUUCAUGGUUUGGUGAAUAAAGGUGUGAACGUGGUGAUGGAUAUUCCCUUCGAGCUGUGGAACGAGACUUCAGCAGAAGUGGCCGACCUUAAGAAACAGUGUGACGUGUUGAUUGAGCGUUAUGAGGACGUGAUUGAGGACUGGUACAAAGGAAGCCAGGAGGAAGACCUGACCACUUAUCUGUGUGAGAAACACGUUCUCAAAGGACAGGACGCAGCCUGCCUGAAGGAGGAGUGGACCUCAAAGAAGAAGGGAGACCAGGCAGCCAUUGCGGAGGACAAGAAGAAGAAGAAGAAGAAAAAGGGAGGAGACGGCAGCUCGGAGGGGGAGAAGGCGACCAAGAAGAAGAAGGAGAAGAAGGUGAAGAAGAAGAAAAAGAGCAAAGCUCCGGUGGAGAAAGUGGACGGAGGGGUGUCGUCUGACGAGGAGAUCCAGCCACAGAUGCCUCUGUCUGGGCAGAAGACGGAGCUGUGAGCCCCGAGUCACUCCUCCAAACGAAACGCUUAGUGAAAUCUGCAGCUCAUCAAAUCUCAAGUCGCUGAAUCUGCUAAACCACAUGUUGUACUGUUACACGGGUUUAAAGUCUUCAUUUUAGUGUCUGACGGGAAAACAUGUUGCAGAUUGUUGGUGUGAAGAAUGAGCCACAAGUGAAACUCCAAACGGGAGUUGUUAAAGCUGUUCAUGAAUCGACAUGUUUAGUUUAAUAAUCUUUGAAUGAAUAACUUUAUCUUUAAUAGUAAACUCCAGCUUCCUGCAGCUCAGACCUUUAGAGAAAGUCAGCUCAGUAAUGAACUAAUGAGCUGAAAGCAGUUUAAUCAGGACGAAGAACAUGUAGUAUCUGUAUCACUCUGCUUUAUAGGAUUGUAAACUGAAUAUCUUUGGACUUUGGGAACCAUUUGAUCAACUAAAUAAUGUAUCGACUUAAUAAAACUGGUACUCGGCUGGAUCUGCAGAGCGAGACCUCAGACCUCCAGAACUACAAAGGGAAUUUAAUUCUCCUCAGUUGAACGUAGAUGUUUCUCCUCAUGAUGUGAAGCUGUGUCCUCGUUUCUGCUGUUUUUAAAUCAGUGUUUACUGAAACAUUCAUUCCAUCUGAACACUGGGACUUUUAGAAAUGCUCAGAUCCUCAUACUAAAUUGCUUUUCCUCACAAUAUUGUGAUAUUUAGAAAUGUUUUCCACCAGUAGAGGGAACUCGUUAUUGCAUUCUCUUAUAUUUCUUCCUUAGGUUCCGAUUUAGUGAAAUUGUCCUUUAAUGAGUGAACAACAUGUGAGGUACCUUCUUUUUUUAUUGUACGUGAAUGUGUUUCUGUCAUUUCUUUAAUUUUCAUUGUUUUGUCUCUGCUUGUGUGUGCUGCACAACAGCUGCUAUUUAAAGUGUGUGUGUGUGUGUGUGUUGACUCCCGAGCUGAUGAAGGUGUGUGUGUGUGUGUGUUUUGCAUUUUUUCAACUGUGUGUGUGUUUUUACAGAUUUGUAUUCUGAAUUAAGAUGCUGGCUGUGGUACUGAAACACAUCCGAGGAUCAAUAAACGCUGUAAACACAU